AUGUCGCGCCUCGACCGCACCCGCACAUCCGCCCACCAGCUGCGCCCAUUCUUCUCAUCCCAGAACCUCCUCAACCGGGCCGAUGGCUCCGCACAAUUCGACUUUGGCGAGUCGUCGGUGAUGUGCUCAGUGGUUGGACCUGCAGAGGUCAAGUUGCGUGACGAGAAACUGGACAGAGCCACGAUUGAGGUCGUUGUUAGACCAUUGGUGGGUCUCCCCGGGAUCAAGGACAAGGCACGGGAACAGGCUCUCCGUGAGACCCUUGAACCCUUGGUUCUUUCAGGACUUCACCCCCGGACGGGUAUCCAGAUCGUUGUUCAGACCAUGAAGGAUGACGGCAGCAUUUUGGCAACGGCAUUCAACGCAACCAUCCUGGCCCUCCUCGACGCCGGUAUACCCCUCAAAUCCAUCCUCGGUGCCGUCACCUGCAUCGUCGACGCUGAAACCAACCAGAUCCUCCUCGACCCCACCACCCAAGAACUCGCCAACGCAAAAUCCACCCACACCUUUGUCUUUGACAACAAGUCCUCAAUAACCUCCGAUAGCACACAGGAAGACAAGGAGGCAGUAGAGGUCUCGACAUUGUACUCAGACAGCACAGGAUUGUUCUCGGAGGAAGAGUACUUUGAGUGUGCUCAGAUCUGUUAUAAGGCUGUGCAGGCUGUUCAUGGAUUCAUCCGGACGGCUGUUCAGAAGAAGUUGGAGAAGGAGCAACAGCAGAUUCAUUCAUAA